AUGAGGCGCGCAGAUUUCGGUGACUAUGACGAUGAUGAUAACAGACGUAGGGACAAGCUCAGAGAGCAGGAGAGCGGUGUCCUCUUCGCUGGGAUGGAGGGAGACAUGGUGCAAGAUGAUCGCAAGGCUGAGUCGAGGUGGGCCCGAGAGAAGAAGAGGAUGGAGGCGGAUUUGAGGAGGAAAGAGGCGGAGAUCUCUCAUCUAGAGCGGAGAUUAAAGAUGUCCAAGGAGAACAUGCGGACGGUCUUGUCUGAGAACGAAAGCAGCCAGGACACGAUGAAGGUUGAAAUCAACGAGCUAAAGCAAAUGUUAGCCAGAAAAGACGGAGAGAUUCUUGCUCUGCAGCACAAGUCAACAAUAGCCCAUCCAAGGCAUCAUGAUCAUCAUCCAGGCUCGCACCACGAGGAUUCAAGAAACUCUGACGCCAGCGAUGCUGCGAGAAUUAUGAAGGAGCUGCGGGAGGCUGCGGAUCAGUUUUCCAAGGGAGCUGUCGGUUCAGACGCAGACGUGAAAGAGAUCUUGCUGAAAGUCCUUCAAGACUCAGCGCAGAACAGGAAAGAGAUUGAAAGACUGCAAGAGGAGAAACGUGAGCUUGAGGCUGCCGUUGAAGAGAUGAGGACGGUUUGCAUCGACAAGAUUGUCUCAAGGGCGGUAGAGGAUGAAGAGCGUUCAAGUCAGAAGGAGAGACAGGAUGCGGUUGCCUCGAACGAGAGUGAGAAUGAGAUCAGAGUUCAAGAGCUGCGCACGAGGGUUAAAGAGUUGAACGAGGAGAUUCAUGAGCGCGACCGUCAGAUCUCAGAGGCGAUGAGGAGAGUGGAAGAGGAGAAAGCAAGAGCAGACAAAGCAGGGCAGAAGAUCGUCAAGAAGAUGACUGCUCAGACGGAAGAGCACCUGCGGACCAUCGCAGCGCAGGCCCGUCAGAUCAAUCAGAUCGAAUCCAACCUGAGGAAGGCCAUUGAGAAGUACGAAGAAGCCAAGGAGCUUCAAACCUCGUGGUCUACCUCUGCAGAGUUGUGCACAAGAGAUUUCGAAGCUCAAAUGGCAAGGUUGGAAAAGACUCUCGAUGAUUCACACAAGUUCUCGUUGGAGCUUCUUGCCACUGUGGAUCAACUGAACGCGCAGAAUCGACAAUUGGAGAACGCCUUGAUGCAGGAAAGAAAUGACGGCAAGCAGGCGGACGAUGUUCUCGAAGUUCUGAUCUCUCAGCUUGCUGACUUGGAGUCGGACUUGUCAUGCUUUCGGUCCUGCUGGAGUGGAGAUUUUCCAUCAAGCGAGGGGGGGGACACUCAAAACCUCCUCCCCAACUUUGAUGAGCUCAAGACGCGUCAAGGAAUCGAGUUGUUUGAGAGCCUGAAAAUCUUCUCUGGGACAUUUGAGUUAGGGGGAACUUUGACGCGGGAUGGUCAGUACGUCUCAACGCUCGAGGACAAGCUUCAAAAGGCGUACGAGAAGAUUCAUUGCCUCGAAGAGGAAGUGAAAGAGCUCAACGAGGACUGUCAGAAGAUGCAUGAUUCAUGGCAGAAGGAGUGUGAGGAGAGGAUCAAACAAGUCGAAAACCUCACUGCCAAGAAUGCUCGACAAGCGGACACUCUGUCACACCUCACUUCUGAGAUCGCCAUCCUGAAGGCUUCUUGUGCCUGCCCACCUUCUCCCGGAAGCUUGAAUGGAUCGCUUGCCGUCCCCUCGUCGCCAGGGAAGCCUCAGACGCAGUACUCGAAGCGAGAGGAGGGAAACGCCAUCGACGUGUCUCACGACGCAGACACCACCGAGGAGGAUCUGUCGGAGGCCUGGAGCGUGUUGAGCUCCACGGGCGGGGCUCAGCGCUCGCAGGAUUGGGAGCAGACCAACCCCGAGCAGCUGCAGGUGAACAAACUCAGGCAGGCGAUCGACAUGCUGCAGCGGCGCGUGCGCGACCAGGAGGCGAAGGCGAACAAGUUCCAGACUGAGAGCCAGCUGGAGCGAUCGCGAUCUGUGGCACAGAGAGCAGACAUGCAGCGGCAGGUGAUGCAGCAAGUGGACGAGCUGUCGCGGCAGCACAAGGUGGUUUCAGACCUCACCCAGGCUCUAGAGCAAAUGCACCUCGAGCUGAAGGCCUCAAGGGAGCGAGAAGCGGAACUGACCACGAGGGUACAGCAGAUGGAAGAGGAGGAGAAGCAGAUCCACCGCGCGAGCAAGCAGAGCUGGACGAGCGAGGGAUGCGAGUUCGAGAAUUCGCACCUGAGGGCAGAGGUGGAAGACCUUCGGCUGUGCCUUCAAGCAGCUAAGGACAACACGUCACUAGUGAGGGAGGGGAUGGCUCUGAAGCUUCUGCGGGUGGAGAGCAAGUUGAGAGACAAGGAGAUCGAGUGCUUCCGGCUGCGGGAGCUCCUAGGCCUCUCCUCUUCCUCCUCGCCCGACCCACUGGAGGGAAGCGAGUCCCUGCGGGCCAAGUCAACCACAGACUUCCACGUGAACCCAGCCCAGGUGCUGCGAGAGUUUCUCUCCUCCCCUCGGGCUCCAGCAAGGAGCCAGAGGGAGCAGGAGAAGGAGGAAGGGAAGAGUGGAGGGCAGGACGGGGAGAGGGUUAAGGAUCUAGAGGAAGAGCUUCAGAGGAAGGAGGAGGCGGCUAGAGAGUUGGUCAAGAGCCUCAAGGAGGAGCAUGACCUGGUCAAACGGGAGCUACAAGGAAGGAUCAAUGAGCUGGAGGAGGAGCUGAAGCAGAAGACUGUGUUUGUGGAAUCGCCGAUCAGACCUAAAUCCAGCUAUCCCUCAGCAGAGCUGAAUGGAGAAGCAGGGUUUUCCAACGACUCCUCACAUGGCUCCAAAACUUUCGGUAGCGAGAGAGCUCUGCAUGCAAAGGAGCAGGAGAAGAUGAAACAUUGGUUGAAGAUUGCAGAGAAGAAGGGGCCAGUAGCCGACGAUUCUGUUGACACUGAGAUGGUGAAGAAGCUUGUCAUCCAGCUGCUGGCCGAGACUGAAGAGCUUCAGAGCUUCGUUGAGCUGCACAGUGACGUCAUCAUCGCCGAUGACGGCAAGCUGUCCGAUGACGAGGCAACAAGCGAGCAAGGCAAGCUGCUGCCGUCCGGUGCCGAGGACCGAAGCGCGGAGUUGGCGGAGCUGCAACAAGCGAUCAGCAGGAAAGAGCAGAUGGUGGCAUGGCUGCGCUCCAAGAUCAUGAGAUUCGCAGACCUGCUGAAGGACUUGAGGGAUGACAGCAUAACGAGUCUGAGGCAGAAGGACAAGCUCAUAGCCGAGCUGCAGCUGGAACUCACGAACGCCGCGGAGAAGGGACAGGACGAGCACGGUCACGUUGAGCUGCGGCAGGAUGUCGCAAGGAAGGAGCUAUGCUCUCAAGAGACGCAGACUGGGACCGUUGGAGUGGAAGAGAAACAGACGGGGACAGGAGGGGAGGAGGAGGAGGACGUGAGGUUUUCGAUCCUCAAGCCGGAUGCUGUCGACAAGGACGCGACCAUCUCUCAGCUCAACGAUGAGAUCAAGAAACUUCGCGAGCUGGUUCUGUCGCAGAGCGAUCAGAUUUCUGUCUUGCAAGACGAGGUGGGCUUGUUGUCUUUCGUUGUCAAGAGCUCAUGGCAUGUCAAGGCCCUCGCGUACCUGAAGAAGAACGCGUCUGUCGUCAAGAGCGACGUGUCGUCAAGGCUGCAGGUGGAGGAAGCGUGCUCGCGGCAGGUGGACAAGCUGGUGCAAGAGAUUGCUGCUGCUGGUCGGGAGCUGAGGGAAGUCAGCGUUGAGGUGGAGAUGGGGCUGGAGCACAUGAGGGCGACGAGCGAAGAGGAUGAGGAGAGUUUGCUGCAGGAACGGCGGGCAAGGGACGCGCUAGAGGCGGAGCUGGGGGUGCUGAGGGAGCGCGUGCAACGAUAUGAGGAAGAGCGGAAGGACGAGAGGGAGAAGGCGGGGGGAGAGGAGAAACGCGAGAAGAGAGAGUCGUACUUGAGCCUGAGCAACAUGACAAUGCCGGUGGAGGAGAAAACGCAAAUGAUCAUCGAGCUGAAGGCCAAGAUCUCCCAGCUGUACAAGGAGCUGAAGGAAGGGGAGGAGAACAUGCUGCUGCUCACCAAGAAGUACGACAUGAUGAAGAGGAACAUGAAGACGUACAAGCUGGACGUGGCGGGCAAGAUCGGGCAGCUCCGUGAGCAGCUGCAGGACAAGGAGGAGGAACUGCGGGAGCUGGAGAAGAAGAGUGGAAAGACUUCGCACAAGAACUGA